AUGUCGCACAUGUUUCCAAGCGCCAAGGGCGAUCAGUUAUGUCCGCUCGGAUUCCACCCGCAAGUGCGCUGGCCGACGAGAUGUAAGCGUUGCUUCCGGGACUAUAAAGAGCACGGGAAUAAACGGAAUGGUGACGAUAUCACCGCUUCCACGCCGGUCUUGCCAGGCUCAACCCAAUCACGUAGUCGUGAUGGUGGCAGUAGCACCACGCUCGACAAGCCGGUGCGAAGCUGGACCUCCACACAGAAUCUGUUCUCUUCCGGCAGCGGUUCCGGUGCCGGGUCCGGUAACCCGAGCGCCCAAAGCUUUCAACCGCGUCCGGCGUCGUGGGCUUCAACACCCGACCUGGAUAACUUUCUACCGAACGUGAAGGUCGACCUGACGGUUAACUUGCCCCUUCCGAGACGCCGACAUACCACAACAUUCGACAAUCUAACCGAGGAAGCAACGGUUACAAUUAAAAGGCCACCCCUGCCACCGAUCUUGAAAGUCGACCCCAUCAAGCGGGAUGAAAAGGCCGACUCGCUGUUACAGAAGCGAGAAGACACGGUGUCGGACAUCGUGAUCGAGAAAGGUGACUCGCUUGCGGAACGUGUGCGAAAGUUGAAUCUGAUCAAACGGCAGGGAAGUGCCGAGCGAGAGACGAGCAAAGAGCGAUCCUUGCCUCCAAAGGAAAAAGAUGAAUCACCCUCAGUGUCUGCUAAAGUUGUGCUUAAGCCAACGAAAACGGACCCCGAUCCGCCAACGGUUGAAAAAGUCGAACGUAGAAGACGUAGGCCCAUUCCAGACACACCCGAUUCCAGUGUCACCCCCUCCCCGUCGGGUUCCGUUGCUUCCUCGAAGACGCUCGUAGGUAGUCUCAAAUCGGCAACAGUCCCGGCGACCACCACAUCAGCAAGUGCUUCCAGUGGGUCCUCGCAUACAAAAGACAGUAGCAUCUCCGCAACCGGCGAUGGUGGAACCACGAAAACCGUCAUUCGGCGUAGGCGAAUCGAAGAUUUGUCGGCGCCACCAGCGACGACGACGACCCCGACUAGCAAACCAACGCUGUCCAUAUCGAGCCCCUCGAAAACCUCCAUCGCGCCAAAGAGUGACCGUACGAUCGAUACGCAGCCACCGGUUCCGAGCUCCAGCAGCGACGAAGUAAAGUUCCUCAUUUCGAUCAAAGACAAAAAGACGAAGGCGGAUGAUGAUCGUUCGAUCACGACCGAUACGACCGAAACGACUGAGGCCACCAUUGUGGAUCACAUCGAUAGCCGGGAGCUCCAGGAGGAGAUCGAGAGUCUGCGGCGCGAACUGGAGACGACAAAGGCCCGAGCCGAACGUGCCGAGCGAGACAAGAGUGACAUCCUGCUACGGCGCCUCGCGUCGAUCGAUACGGUCUCAAACAAGACGGCUGCUUCCGAAGCGCUUAAGCUGCAACAGAAGGUGAACGAGCAGAGGCAGCUGAUCGACGACCUGCAGGACGAGAAGAAGUUCCUCACCUCCAAGCUCAAGGAGAUGUCCGCCGACCUGCACGUCCGCGGGAGCCGAAAUGUGGAGGAGCAGCUGCGUCAGAAGCUCGAUCAGGCGGAAACGCUUUGCGAGGAGCUGAUGGACGAGAAUGAGGAGAUCAAACGUGAGUUGCGCAACAUGGAGACGGAGAUCGAGGAAAUGCACGAUAACUUCCGCGAGGAGCAGGCGGACGAGUACGCGUCGCUUAAGAAGGAACUGGACCAGACCACCAAAAACUGCCGGAUACUGUCGUUCAAGCUGAAAAAGUCCGACCGACGCAUCGAGCAGCUCGAGUCGGAGAAGGCAGCCCUCGGUACGAGCGGGGAUCUGGCGGCAAAGAUCAAGCAGCUCGAGGACGAGCUGAAGGUCUCGAACGAGGUUGCCCGCCGGCUACAGGCCGAACUGGAAAGCGCUGGAUCUACACCCUCGACACCGACGAAAAAGACCCCAUCGUUGGGUAACAUCGGCAAGUCCACGUCGGCUGACAGUAAGAUUUCGCGAGCUUCUUUAACACGCGGAGGAUCGCAGGAGGAUCCAGCUCAGCUGCUUCGCGAUCUGCAGGACUCUCUCGAGCGGGAGGCGGACCUGCGUGAGCAGCUCAAGUACGCCGAAGAAGAGGCAGAAAACUUGCGCCGCAAGUCGUCGCGUGUGGAAGACGAGAACGAUUCGCUAGUGAUGCAACUGAAGAAAAUGGCUACGAAGGCGAAAACGAAAAGUAUAUUCUCCAAAACGCGCAAGCUUAGUCCCGCACCGACGUCACGCUCGAGCCCAGAUGCGCCAAUCGAGAAGGAUGAAGGUAUCUCCGACGAGGAGGACCCGGCUGAGCUGCGGAUACAGCUGGAGCUGAACGAUCGAGAGAUGUGCGUGUUGCGGCGCAAGGUUGAGGAACUGGAGCACGACAACAAGCACAGCCGGGAGCAGAUCAAGGAACUGCAGGAAAACCUUGCUACCAAAACCAAGGAACUGACCCGCAGACUGCCUUCCACUUCGGUGGCCGGCAGGACAGGUGCGAAGGAUCCUCUCGAGGAGAAGAAAAUCACCGUAAUGGAGGAAGAAAUCAGCGAGCUACGCAAGAAGCUGAUCGAGAAGGAUCGCGAGUUUGAACGAGUGCAGGCUGAGAUGGCGCUGGCAAAAUCCAAGGGUGGCAAAUCGCUUUCGAAAUCGAAGUCACUUGAUGGACUGACCGACCAGCAGGUGUUGGACCUGAAGCGACAGCUACAGGUAAUCGAGCAGGAAGCGACGGUACUACGGGCCAAAACGCAGAGUCUCGAGCAGGAGAAUGAAAAGCAUCAAACGGAAAUCAAGAAGUUACAGGCUGUUCGGAAGGCCUCAACCACCACGCCAGCGGUAGAUACGAAAAAGCUCACGGACAACAUCGAGCAGCUAGAGAAGGACAAACAGGAACUAGAGGGACGAUUAAAACGUAUAAUUCAGGAUUCUACUAGUCAGUUACCGUCCCGUCUGCCAAAGAAUCCUACCGACAUGCAUACCAAGCUCCAAUUGAAGAAAAUGAUCGAAGAGUGUGAGACGGAAAUCGAUGAUCUUCGAGCACUUGUUGGAAAAACGGGUACGAUGAGUAUCGCGAGUCUUGAAAAGGAAAAGAAACAACUCAUAGCCGAACUGGGUGAGACAAAGCUGCAGCGAGAAAAGCUUACAACAGAAUUAAACACCUUAAAGACGGACACUCUUCAACAACAAACCACCAAACUGAACGAAGCUCAACGAACCGUUGAGAAGCUGGAGGAAGAAAAUAGGAAGCAAAAUGAAAAGAUUAAAUCUUUGGAGGAUAAAAUCACUAAAGUCAACAGUACUAUGAAGACAGCAGAGUCAAGCAAGUCGUUCCUGGAAGUACAGCUCAAAUCCGAGAAAGAGAAGCACACAGCCGCAGAAAAGGAUAUGGAAAAGCUGCGCAAAGAAAAGAGCAAAUUAGACGGCCGUAUCGGAGACUUGGAAAAGGAGUUGCAGCUCUCGAAGAAAAAUGCCGAGCUGAUAAAGGAAAGUUUGGAACGUGAAAUAUCUACACUGAAGAGUAAAUCCACCUCCAGCGCUGACGAGAGCGAAUCUUCCAAGAUUUUGCAAGAUCUCAAGAAGCAAAAUGAAGAUCUUACUGCCGAGAUUCACCAGCAGAGUAGAAAGUUUGAGGAGUUGCUGCAGAAGCAUGAAAGCAUCGAAGAGGAACAUCUGGUUCUGCGGGCACAGCUGGCGUCCGAGCGGGAAAAGACACAGGAACUCGACACGUUGAAGAACAAGCUCAUCCAGGCCGAAGCCAUCGAGACGCGCCUGGUUAAGGAGAACACCAACAUCAGCCGACGGUUGGUGGAGGCGCAGAAAAAGUUGAGCGCCGCGGAAACUGGCAACGAGAAUCGCUACGCGGCCGUGGAGCUGGAGAAAAAUCGCAUGAAAACUGCCCUGGAAGACAAGCUGCACGAGUACGAGAAGCUUGUGAAGGAGAACGAAAUGAAUUUGUAUCAAGUAAAUCAGCUUAAAAAAGACAAUGAAGACCUACGUGGAAAACUGGACGACUACGAACGCAUCAACAAGGCGCAGCGAACGCUCAGCGAACAUAAUGCUCAUCUAGAGCAGGAAUUGAAGAACGUCUAUGUGAAACUGGAAGCGUCAGAGAUGAACGUCAAGUCGGAAGUAGCGGCCACUCGUUUGCGAUACGAACAGCAGGUGACCAACUUACACAACGAGCUGACUGCGAUGCAACGGCAGUGUGAACGGUUCAAGCGCGACCGGGACACUUUCAAGCAGCUGGUGGAAGCGGCCCAGAAGCAGAUCGGCGAUAUGAAGGCAAACAGGCGAAGUCUUGCGUCGGUAACCAGCAGUAGUGGAGACGACGACGAUAAGACCAAGAUAGUCGCACUGGAGCAACAGAUCGGAUGCCUCGAGGAUGAGCUGAGUGAGGCCAGGCUGGAGGCGAGCAAGGUGCGCACCGAGCUGGUGUCCGAACUGAGUGCCUCGGAGAUCAAAAUAUCCGAGAUGCAGUCGAAGAUCAACGAGCUGGAGGAGGAAAAGAUUAUGGGCAGUGGAAAGUCGAAGGUGCCCGGCACCAAGACACGCCUGGAGCUAUCGUGGCAGAAGGAGCGUGAGGAACUUCAAAGGCUGGUACAGGAAACGUCCACCCUGGCGCGUGAUCUGCGACAGACGCUCUUUGAGGUGGAGCGCGAGCGUGACAAGGAUAAGCUGGAAUCCAAGCGGAAGAUAGAACAAAUCAAAAAGACAACCGAGGAGGAGAUAGAGGAGGGCAGACGAAAGGUGACCGAGCUGCAGAGCGACCUGUUGGAGCUGCGUGAUGCACAUGCGAAGCUGCGCACGGCGAACGAGAAGUUGCGCCGCGACCGUGACCGCUUCGAAAAGGAACGAGAAAGUGCCACGCGCAGAAGGAUCGAGGCAGAGGGUGACCGGCGAGUCGGAGCAUUGCUUCAGACCGUGGACGAGCUGGUCAAGCUGGCACCGGAACUGCAGAAGGUUGCAACGAAGGACUCCCAUACUACAAGCACUGGAAAGACCAUCACCACAAAUGCACCCAUUCCAACACCUCCCAUGCGUCACAAGAGUCCAUCGCCCGGUCCUGGAGGCUCACAGCCGCAGCAGUCGAUUUCUACAGUAUUAGUUAGACUGGCCGAAGCGUCCGAAGAUCUGCGACGAUAUCAGCGGAUGUGCGACGAGGAAAAAGACAGAGAGCGUGUGCGACGCGGAGGAAUGCGUCGUGCUGCAUCUCAGGAGAACGACGCUAUCAAUGAAAACACGCCAGGACGACCUGCGAUGAGGCUGAACAGGAAUGGCGGAAGUCUCUACAGGAAGAGUCUUUCUUUGGACCAAUCGAUGCAAGCUGAACAGCAAGGGCUCAUCUGGAAGGAAGGCGACGAUAGCAUGUCAUCGUUGCAGUCGAUUGACUCCGAUUAUGGCAUGAUGCGUCGAGAUUCUAGUCUCGAUUCACGCCUAUCCACCGGAUCAACUCAAAGUGAUAUGCCACGGAUGCGUAAGAAGAAGCGCGGUAUUAUGGGCAAAUUGCGCAGCUUAAGCUUAACCCGCAGUAAAGGAGCUGAAAGCGAUUAUUCGCACCAAGGAUCCGAUUCUGACCUUAGCUUGGCAGGGGACGUCCGUUCGAGUAAAACCAACCUGAAGGGAAAACUAUCCGGCAUGUUCCGUCGCGGUGGAUCAUCGUCGCGCACAAACAGCACCGAAGCCAUCGACCGAGACAUACAACGUCCAGUUGCGAUUCAAACACUCGGAAACGGUCCCACAACGGUAGCUACUCCACCAAGGCCAGUUUCUGCCAGCACACCGCAUUUAGCUAGAACUGGAAAACCGCCCACACCUUCGACGAUGCCAACGACGCAGAGAAAAAGGCUCAGUGCCAACCUGCCACCAACGGGUUCAUCAUCCGGCGGGGGACAGUAACGACACCGCAAUACGACUAAAACCCCAUAACUUUAGGACGAAAAAGUGACACUGUUUUACAGAUAUCGGCUGUCUUCAAAAGCAUUCGAUGUCGAUCUCUCACAUUCAUUCAAACAAAUAAUUCACGGGAAAACACUGACACGCGCCUAUUUAUGUUGAAAAGAAGUAAACUGCACUUUUUUUAAAUUGUUCGUGAUAAUUUUGAUAGUGAAUGAAACAG